AUGGAGGCGCUGAGGGCCGUAUUUACCAAGCCGGAUCCCCAGGCGCAGGCCCGAAAAUGUAAUGCGCUGCUGCGCACCAACAUCCGCAAGCUCGACCGAGACAUCAACAGCAUCAAGCAAGCCGAGGCCAAGGCGCGACAGCUCAUCAUCCAAGCCGACAAGCGUGGGCAGCGCGACCCUUCCCGUACUGCACAGGCAAAGAAAGAGGUCCGCAUGUACGCCGUCGAGCUCAUCCGCGCGCGCAAGCAGACGGCCCGCCUGCACACGGCAAAGGCGCAGCUUAGCUCAGUGCAGAUGCAGGUCAGCGAGGCCUUUGCGGUGCGCAAGAUCGAAGGGUCCAUAAAGUCGAGUGUGGGCAUUAUGAAGGACGUCAACAAACUUAUUAGUCUUCCUGCGCUGGCGGGCACUAUGCGCGAGCUCGGCACCGAGCUCAUGAAGGCCGGCAUUAUCGAGGAAAUGGUCGAGGACGUCUUGCCUGAAGACAAUGAUUUGCUAGUAGAGGACGAAGCCGAGGCCGAGGUGGACAAGGUUCUCAGCCAGAUUCUCAAGGACAAGAAGGAGACUACUGCGAACUUGCCGGCUGCGCCCCUACCCGAUCCAGAGGUGCCCAACGCGGCAGAGGAGGUCGAGGAGGAAGAGGACCCGGAGGAGAUGAUGGAUCAGAUGCGGGACCGUCUAAAUGCUCUGCGAAGCUAG